UAAAAUUGUCAACAACGAAAAAAAAAAAAUCAUGAAUCGAAUAAAUCAGCCGUAGGAGCAGAACCGAGUUUGUCGACCCAACCAAACACUAACGACUAACGAGAUUGUGAAUUAUAUGAAUGAAAAUUUAAUGUUUAUUUAUUCAAUUUUUCCAUCUUAACAUGGCAAACCAACGUGUAUUUUGAAACACCAAAGUAGUUGUUAUGGGCAUUUUGAAACAAGAAUGAUGGCAUUUUGUAGGAAGUUACUAUCCCCAACUGAUUUCCUACCCCUUCCAUUAUCUGUCCAAAACUCUCUUCGCUGCAUCGAAUUGAACUCACCCUUUAGUCCCAAAGGCAUAACCGGUAUAACCACCGAUCUCAUCAAGUCCUACUUUGAUGAAGGCUCCAUCGAAGAAGCACACUCACUGUUCGACGAAAUGCCUCACAGAGACGUUAUCGCCUGGACGGCCAUGAUCACUGGCUACACCUCAUGUGAUCAUCACAACCGUGCUUGGAACAUGUUUUCUUAUAUGCUCAGAGACGGAGUCAAGCCCAAUGCUUUCACUGUUUCUUCUGUUUUGAAGGGUUGUAAAGAAUUGAAAGCUCUUUCACGUGGUAAAUUGGUUCACGGGUUGGCUAUUAAGAUCGGUACUCAAGGCUCAUCCAUAUAUGUUGAUAAUGCACUCGUGAAUAUGUAUGCUACUUGCUGUGAUAGCAUGGACAACGCAAGAUUAGUUUUUGAGGAUAUCGUAACCAAAAAUGCUGUUUCUUGGACUACUUUGAUCACUGGGUAUACUCAUCGACGUGAUGCCUAUGGUGGUCUUCAAGUUUUUCGCCAAAUGUUUAUGGAGGAAGGAGAGCUGAGUCCCUUCAGCUUCUCAAUUGCAAUUAGUGCUUGCGCUUCAAUUGGCUCAAGUAAUUUGGGUAAACAGGUACAUGCUGCAGUGAUUAAUCAUGGGUUUGAGUCCAAUCUUCCUGUCAUGAAUUCCAUAUUGGACAUGUAUUGCAGGUGUCGUUGUGCAUCUGAGGCUAAACAAUUAUUCGGUGAAAUGACUCAGAAAGAUACAAUCACGUGGAACACUUUGAUAGCUGGAUUUGAAACACUGGAUUCUAAAGAGUCUCUCUGCAUAUUUUUGCAAAUGGUGGCGGAAGGUUUUAGUCCAAAUGGCUUCACAUUUACCAGUGUCAUAGCUGCAUGUGCAAACUUAGCAGUUCUUUAUUGUGGGCAACAGCUUCAUGGUGAGAUCAUUCGUAGAGGCUUUGAUAACAGCUUGGAAUUAUCCAAUGCCCUUAUAGAUAUGUAUGCAAAGUGUGGAAAUGUAGCUGAUUCGCAUAAAAUAUUUAGUCAAAUGUCGCUCACAAAUUUAGUCUCAUGGACUUCCAUGAUGAUUGGAUAUGGUGCUCAUGGUCAUGGCAAAGAGGCUGUUGAGUUAUUCAAUGAGAUGGUUAGAUCAGGUAUUAAACCUGAUAAGAUAGUGUUUAUGGCAGUUCUCAGUGCUUGUAGCCACGCCGGACUAGUAGAUGAAGGCCUGAGAUAUUUUAGAUUAAUGACCAGCUAUUAUAAUGUUGCGCCAGAUCGAGAAAUAUAUGGAUGUGUGGUAGAUUUGCUUGGUCGUGCGGGAAGGGUAAAUGAAGCUUAUGAACUAAUAGAGAAUAUGCCAUUUAAACCAGAUGAGUCUAUAUGGGUAGCCCUUCUUGGAGCUUGUAGAAAACAUAAACAACCAACUAUGGGAAAAUUAGCAGCUUUGAAGGUUUUGGAUAUGAAGUCUAAUAAAGCGGGAACUUAUGUGCUGUUAUCAAAUAUAUAUGCUGCUGAAGGUAAUUGGGCUGAUUUUGCAAGCUUGAGAAAGCUUAUGAAAAGUUCUAAGAAUAAGAAAGAGGUGGGGAGGAGUUGGAUUGAAUUGAAAAACCAGGUUUACAGUUUUGUUGUUGGAGAUAGAUAUGUUUCUUCGAAUGAGGAGAUUUAUGAAGUUCUGAAAUUGUUGAUUAGACAUAUGAAAGAUGUAGGAUAUGUACUUGAUUUAGAUUUAGAUUGCUUUGUACAUGACUUGGAAGAUGAGACUUGAAUAUACAAAAGAAAAAAUAAUUAUGUUAUUUAUGAAUGCUUGUAGCAGAUUCAUAAACCAAUACAAGCAUUCAUGUAUAACAUCAUCUUGCAAACCUUUAAAAGCCUUGUAUUCGAUGUUAUUUGUUAGUGUAUAACUUGGAGGAUGGCAGGGCGGAAUGAGAUGUUCAACCCACUAUCCUAAUUCAA